UCAGCCCCGCCCGCCCGCUGCUGCGGAAGGCGCAGUGCUCAGUAAAGCGCACUUCCUCUGCUGGUCUCCACUGAGGGAGUGCCCGCUCCAAGAGCUCCAAGCCAGCCGCAUCGGUCCUGCUCUGAUCCGAAGGCGCAGAUAUGUCGGAACAAAGUAAGGAUCUGAGCGACCCUAACUUUGCAGCCGAGACCCCCAACUCUGAGAUGGAGGACAGCGCUGCUGUUCCGGUGGGGGUCCCUCCUCCCGCUUCUCUGGCCGCUAACCUCGCAGGGCCACCGUGCGCUCCUGAAGGCCCUAUGGCAGCCCCACAGGCCUCGCCACCGCCCGAAGAACGGUUCGAAGAUAUUGACCCUAAGAUCCUGCAGCAGGCCGCAGAGGAGGGCCGCGCCCACCAGCCCCAGAGCCCAGCCCGGCCGAUCCCAGCACCGCCAGCCCCUGCCCUGCUGGUGCAGAAGGCGCACGAGCUCAUGUGGUACGUGUUGGUGAAGGACCAGAAGAGGAUGGUCCUCUGGUUUCCAGACAUGGUGAAAGAGGUCAUGGGCAGCUACAAGAAAUGGUGCAGAAGCAUCCUCAGGCGCACCAGCGUCAUCCUCGCCAGAGUGUUCGGGCUGCACCUGAGGCUGACCAAUCUCCACACCAUGGAGUUUGCCCUGGUCAAAGCACUCAGCCCAGAAGAGCUAGACAGGGUGGCGCUGAACAACCGUAUGCCCAUGACAGGCCUCCUGCUCAUGAUCCUGAGCCUCAUCUACGUGAAGGGCCGCGGGGCCAGAGAGGGUGCGGUCUGGAAUGUGCUGCGCAUCCUGGGGCUGAGGCCCUGGAAGAAGCACUCCACCUUCGGAGACGUGAGGAAGAUUAUCACCGAGGAGUUCGUCCAGCAGAAUUACCUGAAGUACCAGCGUGUGCCCCACAUCGAGCCUCCCGAGUACGAGUUCUUCUGGGGGUCCAGAGCUAACCGUGAAAUCACCAAGAUGCAGAUCAUGGAGUUCCUGGCCAGAGUCUUCAAGAAAGAUCCCCAGGCUUGGCCUUCCCGAUACAGGGAGGCUCUGGAGCAGGCCAGAGCUCUGCGGGAGGCUAAUCUUGCUGCCCAGGCCCCCCGCAGCAGUGUCUCUGAGGACUAAAAAGGUCCAGGGGCACAGUUUUUGACCCAUACUAAGGCUGUGUAAGGGUGGGGUUGAGUCAUUAGAGUAUUCCCAAACCACAGUGCAGUAUUUCAUGUAUAAUUUUUAAGUUUUCCAUACAGUGCUUUUGUACCUUGUAAUGCAAUGCAUUCAUUUGUGUAUUCGUGUAGUGUUUAAGAUUGAUGCAUGUUUGUUUAUAAGUAAGCAAGUUGGUACUUUCACUUUUGUGCUUUUGUGGAUUUUUGUACAAGAGAUGUGCUGUGCUAAACUUGUGAAAUACAUUGAGGUGUUCUGUAUCUUGUUCUUUGUAUGGGACUGAUGAUCUGUAUCAACAAAGAAGGCCCUGGAGAGUUAGCAGGACUUAACAGCAACACAGACCUGACCAAGAGAAAGGUCAAGGCCCUUCUCCAUAUGACUUCAACUGGCACAGGAAGCAUCCUUGUGGAAUGGACUGAUUUGAACUGGACUGUUCUCAGUGUAGGCACUUAGCACACUUUGCAAAACAUGUGUACAACCCCACCAUAAAUAAACUUAAAAUGAGCAUUAAAGAUA